AUGCAGCUCCUUCAAUCCGUUUCCACGGGCCUGCUGCUCGCCAGCAGCUGCCUGUCCUCCCUUGCUGCGGCUCGCUCCGUUCCCGCGGCCAAGAGCAUCGCCGCCCGCCAGUCCACCGACAAGAUCGCUCCCAAGGUCUUCAUUGUCUCGAUGUUCGAACCCGAAGCCGCCAUCUGGUGGGGUAUCCCCGAGUUCAACGUGCUCGAGCACAACAUUACCAUCCCCGGAGCCUCUCCGCUGUUCCCGGAUGUGCACUGCACCGCAGACCACAACAUCUGCCAGCUGGUCACCGGUGAAGCCGAGAUCAACGCCGCCGUCACCGUCUCCUCCAUCAUCUUCAACCCCACCUUCGACCUGACCAACACCUACUUCCUCAUCGCCGGUAUCGCCGGUGUCAACCCCGAGCUGACCACCAUCUGCAGUGUGACCCUGGCUCGCUACGCCGUCCAGGUCGCCCUGCAGUACGAGAUCGACAUCCGCGAAAUGCCCGCCAACGCCACCACCGGCUACUUCCCCCAGGGUUCCUACUACCCCUGGCAAUACCCCGGCAGCAUCUACGGCACCGAGGUCUUCGAGGUCAACGACAACCUGCGCCAGCUGGCUGCUGCUUUCGCCAGCAAGGCCACCCUCGCUGACUCCGACGACGCCAAGGCCUACCGCGCCAAGUACAACACCUCCGACGGCAUCUAUGCCGCCGGCGCUGCUGCCCCCUCCGUCGUCCAGUGCGAUGUCGCCACCAGCGACGUCUACUACUCCGGUAACAUCCUCGGUGACACCUUCGCCAACACUACUAAGGUCCUCACCAACGGUACCGGUAACUACUGCGCCUCUGCCCAGGAGGAUAACGCUACCCUCGAGGCCAUGGUCCGUGCCGCUAAGGCCAAGCUCGUUGAUUUCUCCCGUAUCAUUGUCAUGCGUACCGCCUCUGACUUCGACCGCCCUUACCCUGGCGAGUCGGCUCGUGAGAACCUCCUCUACGCUACUACUGGUGCUUAUGAGCCCUCGGUUCAGAACAUCUACAACGCUGGUGUCAAGAUCGUCGAGGGUAUCAUCAGCCAGUGGAACUCUACUUUCGCCGCUGGUAUCACCCCUAGCAACUACAUCGGUGAUAUCUUCGGUACCCUCGGUGGUUCUCCGGACUUCGGUCCCUAUGCUAAUGCCGCCGAGGCGGGUGUCACCCUCAAGCGCAGUGUGCCCCGUCGUCGCAGCCUGCGGGGAUACUAG